GUAGCCCUGCUAAUCCUUCCUGCUAUACACUAACCACACUGGACGUAUUAAUGUGCUACAACUUGGACUAAACAGGGGAGGUGAAGCUCUGUCAGCGUCACUGGGACCAAUGUUCACGGUCAGGUGCAUUUUGGGAACAUCGGCAAAGUAUUUGACCUCUCUCCCAGCUCAGAGACAACAGAUAAAGCUCCAAAACAGGAUGUCGACCUUACUUCGCCCGGUGGCUGCAGUGUGUCAGGUGACAGCCACCCCGGAUAAAAAGGCUAACUUCUCCGCCUGUAAACAGCUGGUGGAGGAGGCCAAGGGGCGAGGGGCCAGCAUGGUCUUCCUGCCCGAGGCCUUCGAUUACAUCGGAUCCAGCCGAGAGGAGACGCUGUCGCUGUCUGAGAGCCUGACAGGAGACACAAUCUCACAAUAUUCUCAGCUGGCCAGGAAGUUGGAAGUGUGGCUGUCUCUUGGAGGAUUUCAUGAACGAGGACAUAACUGGGAGUCUGACAGACGAAUCUACAACAGUCACAUCAUAAUUAACGAUAAAGGUGAAAUAAUUUCAGUCUACAGGAAGUCCCAUUUAUUUGAUGUGGAGCUGCCAGAAAAAGGCGUAUCACUUAAAGAAAGUGCCUUCACCAUCCCUGGACCCACCCUCGUGUCUCCAGUCCAAACUCCCAUCGGCAAGGUUGGCCUGGGCAUCUGCUAUGAUCUGAGGUUCCCAGAGUUAUCACUGGCUCUGCAAAGGCAAGGCGCUGAUAUUCUUACUUACCCAUCAGCCUUCACUGUAGCCACAGGAGCUGCUCACUGGGAGGUGUUACUCCGUGCACGGGCGAUAGAGACUCAGUGUUUCGUCCUGGCGGCGGCGCAGGUCGGCCGGCACCAUGAGAAGCGCUCGUCGUACGGCCACGCCCUCGCCGUGGACCCCUGGGGUGAGGUGCUGGGAGACUGUGGAGGGGAGAAGCCAGGCAUGGUGCUGGUGGAGAUCGACCUGGAGAAGGUCAGCAGCACCAGGAGGAACAUGCCGGUCCAACAGCACCGAAGAAACACUGAUUUUUAUCAAAGUCUGGAGAAGAGUUGACUACAAGAGAAGAGCAAACAUCGAACUGACAGGAAAUCAGUUUGAAUACAGGAAACACACUAAUCAGAAAAGUGUCUUUGGUUUUAUGUUUCAAAGACUUUCAGGUGGAGAAGGAAACGUCACCUACAGCAUCAUGAGCACUUUGAUUUGAAGUGAUUUUUCACGAGGAUUAAACGAGAAUGUUUUAUGUUGUUUAAUCAGAUAUAGCAGGUGGAGAUAUGUGUUCACUGUGUGAGGAGAGAAGCAUAUAUUGUUCUCAAAUCAAGCUUUUACUGAUUAAAUAUCAACAAAUGUAAGCAUGAAAAAACAUAUCUUGAUGAAAUAAAUAUGUAAAGUUUAUUGCAGCUACUGACGCGGUUUAAGGAAAUCAGCCAUUUAGCUUAACAUUUAAGUCAUCGUGUCAUUACUGCUGUAGUUUAUCUAAUUUCUAUUUGUAGUACUCAACCAAAAUCAAAAAGCACUGAUCAGACCAAAUUAGUCUAAAUGCUGUAUAAUGGUCAAUAGAUGGCACUGUUGGGUAGUAACACUAUCAGAAAAAGGAGGAAAUGCCAGUAAAAAAGUGAAAGUUUCCUGAAACACACUGACCUGUGGUUUACAAAUCCACUUGUAACUUUCCUGGGUUUCAAUUAAAUACUGUCGUGCUUAAAGAUUAUUAUAAACCCAACGUCUGAACCUUC